UUAUUCUGUGACAAAGGACAUUAAUAAUUUCCCAAUUUUCCUACCGAUUCUUUUUAUUAUUGUGAAAUCUUUGUUGGCCUAUUUUGUAUCAAGCGACAUCGAUCGAUUUUCGCUGACAUUGUGUACGUUCUUAAGUAAACGUAUCUUAAAUAUAUGGUGGAGAAAACUAUAGUUGAGAAGUAUUGGCCAUGAAUGAUUGAUGUCUUUCAAGCGAAAAGCGAAGGCACUUAUCCACUGUUGAAAAAUGAACGAGAGUUUUUUGAAGCAAGUCCAUUUCACGGGUGAAACACAAUGUGAAGAGUUUAAGCCAAACCCUUUCAAAGCAAAUAUAUGCGUGAUUUGUUGCAAGGAAAUAUCCAAACACAAAGCAAGUUCAAUACGUAGUCAAGAAAUUUUAAUGAAGGCAUUGGAAUAUAGUCAGUCGUUCGACAAACUUGGAAGUGUAAUAUUACCAAGUAAUGGCGAAUCAAAAACUGGCGGGUUAUACUUGGGUGGUUACAAAUCUUCAAUGAACAAAAAGUUCAUCGUCGACAAUCAAAUUACCCAUAUCGUGAACGCUGCCAAAAACCUCGCAAGUUUUUUUGGGCCGAAAUACGAAAAUACAGUGAAAGAAAUCGUACGCGAACUGAAAAUAGAGUAUCUCUCACUCUGUUGGGUUGAUGAUGAAGAUUUUUCUAUUCCUGUAACUGAUGUCAUGGAAGCAAUCUCUUUUAUUCACAACGGUCUUACAAAAGGCAAUGUCUUGGUUCAUUGUGCUCAGGGAAAAUCCCGUUCUUCGACUGUUGUAAUCGCAUACGUUAUGGCGAGUAAGAAGUUGUCGUUGAACGACGCCUUAAAGUUGGUGCAGGAAAAGAGAAAGAUGGCUCAGCCUAAUCCAGGAUUCAUGAAAUUUUAUCAUAUUUAGAAAGUGACGAACAAUUUCUUGCGGUAAUGCUUCCUUAACCGACAUUGAAAACCAACACGCAAAAUGUACGUCAAUUUCCUUAGUUAGAAUUACUACAAAUAACUCUAUUUUCAAUAAAUUUGAUUAUUAUUAUAUGUUA